AUGGUGCAGCAAUUUUUUUGUCACAAUCAGCAAGCCGCCUGGCUAGCUCAAUCGGUAGAGCGUUUGACUCUUAAUAGAGAAGCGAUCAAAAGGUUGCGGGUUCGACCCCCGCGUCGGGCUUGUCCUAUUUUUUUUUUCUUUUUUCAAAUUUGA